CAUUGAUAUCCCACAGUGUGUGACCAACCUGCGCGCUCAGAGGGUCAACAUGGUGCAGACUGUCAGUCAGUACCGAUAUCUGUACAAGCUGAUGCUUGAAAUGUUGGUACUACCUUCCCAACCCGUGACUACCGAACAGCUAAGUGGAGAGAAUAUGGGGCUCAAAGAACAGUAUUUAGAUUUAAGCACCGAGGAGUCACUGUUUCCAGACGAUAACACGUACAAAUCGGCAACGACCAAUGAGAAUCAGUCAAAAAAUAGAUCAAUGGACAUCCUGGCUGGUGAUAAUUAUCGCCCAUAUUUGUCAUCACACAUUCCGAACACGACCGAUUACAUCAAUGCUGUGAUAAUGCCAAGUUACAAGCUGCCGACAAGAUUCAUCAUCACACAAGCUCCUCUAGAACACAGUUUUGUGGACUUCUGUAGACUUAUAUGUGAGAAGGAAAUUGAACUGAUUGUUUCCUUUGAUGAUUCCAUGUCUGAGGAAGAAAAAUGUCUUCCAGGCGAAAACGAAACAAAGUCGAUUUCUGGUAUAAGAUUGACUGGUGUAUCUUGUGAACCGAAAGACGGACCAGACUUUUAUACAAGAUCGUUUGACUUAAAUCUUAAACAAAAGACACACAGAUUUUCACAGAUAGUGUACACAGGCUGGUCGCAAAUGAUGGAACUGCCCCAGAGUCCUCGAUCAUUUAUGAAUUUGUUGCGCCACGUACGAAAUGUUACAAGUGAAGCACCCAUCCUAGUCCAAUGCCUAAAUGGUGCCGACAAAAGCGGUCUGUUCGUGGUGAUAUGGACGCUUCUGGAACACUUGGAGAUUGAUGGUGAGGUCAGCAUACCACGUGUCGUCAGGCACCUGAGGCUGAGGCGAAAACAGAUUAUACCAACCUUCGACCAGUUCAAGUUUUGUGCAGACUGCAUUGCCAAAGAUGAUGCGAACACAUACGUAAAUUUUCAGAAAAAGUCGUCAUAGAUAUUACAUAAAAAUAAAAACAUGUGUUGAAUGUUUGUAUACUGGACACGGAAUAUAUGUCAUUUUUUGCGUUCGCAAAUGUUAAAUAUAUUACACCGUUGUCGGUUUGGAAACACAUGCUUAAUUUUUAAAGUGUUGAGCAAUUUUUUAUAUUUUUUUAUAGUUUACUUACAUGUGUUUGCUUCGUUAUAUUUGUUAAUUUGUAACCAGACAUUGUAAAGGCAUUGUGUAUUUUAAAUGUUUUAGUUAAUAUUGCAUGCGUUUUUAUUUUAUUGUUUUCACUUGUCAAAAUGAAAAUUUAAUUGUAAUAUAAAAAGUUCACCUAACAAAUUAAGCAUUUAAUAAUAUGUUUUCCGCAUUUGUUAUCAUUAUGUUAUCACACAAAAUAUGGACAAGUAAAGUACCAGAAAUGAAAAACAACACCAUUGCGAUUAAAUGGUUCACGGUGUUAACUACAGAAAGUUUUGGAAAACAUCCAUGAGAAUACUGAAAUGUCACGCGUUUAAUGAUCUUUUUGGUUCGUUCAUUUGACGAAAACACUUAACGGUUCGCAUUUUAAUUUAUCAUGUUGUUGUGUACAUGCUGUACUAUGUGUCUUUCACAAGCCAGUUGACACUAUAAUGCAGUUGUUCUACAUUUAAACUGGUAUAUAAAUACCGCUAAAAACAUUCAAAAUGCAUUGACCUUGCCUAUCAUGAUAGAAACAAUACCCUCUUAGUUGUAAGCUAUUAUUUGGGAGUUGGUUGCGAAGUUGCACAUCAAAAUCUUCUGUUUAAAAAAAAUAACUGUAUUCUUAAAUAAAGUUACAUCCACCGAUUUGAUUGAUUUAACGCAUUCAGAA